UUUUAGCGUUUAUCCCGUUUUGGUUUGCCCUUAUUAGAGCGUUUUACUUAAUUAAGUAAAUCAUGUGAUACUCAAUUACUCAUAUAUAUUUUGAGAUAAUAAGGAUUUAUUUGUGUCCAAGGGACCUUAUUACGCGAGAUGGCGUCUGAAGACACGAGAAAAUCAUUCGAUGCAGAUCUAUCACAUAGUGCACAAUGCAUGAAUUCAGAAUCUCAUAAGCCGGCAGAUAAUGCUGAUAAAAACAAAACAAACAAAUCUGGAAGUGAUUCUCAGGGGUCUUGUUACUGUGGCAAAGAAAGGAAUCUUAACAUAGUGGAACUACUGUGUGCUUCAUGUAACAGAUGGUUUCAUGAGUCUUGUAUUGGGUAUCAGUUAGGAAAAUUGGUGCCUUUUAUGACAAAUUAUCUGUUCAUUUGUAAGAACUGCUCCCCAACUGGUCUGGAGACUUUUAAGAAGAAUCAAGCUCCAUUUCCGCAAAUGUGUCUGACAGCUAUUGCAAAUUUGAAGCAGGAGAGUGCAAAAAAUGGCAGCAAUAAGACCCUUUUCAGCAAGGAUAGAGAAAUUAUUCCAUACAUAGAUCAAUACUGGGAGGCAAUGACGACUAUGCCUCGAAGAGUGACCCAGUCUUGGUAUGCUACAGUGCAAAGAGCGCUGAUCAAGGAUAUCCAGGUCCUUUUCACAUACGAGGAGGACUCAACGCACGGGCCAAUGUUUGGACUCUACAAUAUGGAGCUUACGUCUAUCAAGCCUAACUACGAAGCCAUGAUCAAGCAGGGGCAGCUGAAAGUCACUGAUAUGGGGAUUGCUACAAUACCCCUGGCAGGCAACGUAAAGGGACGCCAAGGCAAGCGCCGUCCGGCCGUCGGCGGCGCGGCCGAGGCGGGCGCCCCGGCGGGCAAGAAGGGCCGCGCCGCCGACCCCGCCAGUCUCAAGCUACCGUCUCAUGGGUAUCCUACCGAGCAUCCGUUUAACAAGGAUGGAUAUCGGUAUAUACUGGCCGAGCCUGAUCCUCACGCACCAUUCAGACAGGAAUUUGACGAGAGCAAUGAAUGGAGCGGCAAGCCCAUCCCAGGCUGGUUGUACCGCUCGCUGUGUCCCGGCAUCGUGCUGCUCGCGUUACACGACCGCGCGCCGCAGCUGAAGAUAUCCGAGGACCGGCUCGCGGUCACCGGCGAGAAGGGCUACUGCAUGGUGCGCGCCACACACGGUGUAUCCCGAGGGGCAUGGUACUGGGAGGCCACCGUGGAAGAGAUGCCGGAAGGCGCGGCCGCCCGCCUGGGCUGGGGGCGGCGCUACGCGAACCUGCAGGCGCCGCUCGGAUACGACAAGUUCGGAUACUCGUGGCGCAGCCGCAAGGGCACCAGAUUCCAUGAGUCGCGCGGCAAACAUUACAGCAACGGUUACGGCGAGGGCGACACGCUGGGUUUCCUUAUUUUGUUGCCUAAUAACCAAAAUACUAAGUACACGCCCAACACCUACAAGGAUCGGCCGCUAGUAAAAUUCAAAAGCCACCUCUACUAUGAAGACAAAGACAACAUCCAAGAAUCUCUAAACAGCCUGAAGCCGCUGACCGGCUCCAAGAUCUACUUCUUUAAGAACGGCCAGUGCCAAGGGGCAGCCUUCUUGGACGUGUAUCAGGGCUGCUAUUAUCCUUCAGUCAGUUUACAUAAGAGUGCCACUGUCAGUGUUAAUUUCGGGCCCAACUUCAAGCAUCCCCCGGGGAGUGAAUAUAGCUUCAGACCGAUGUCCGAAAAGGCGGAGGAAGCGAUCUGCGAGCAGACCAUGGCCGACCUCCUGUACCUCACCGACAACGAGGGCAAGCUGCGGCUCGACAACUUCAAUCUCUGAUAUACGUAGCACCGUUAAUUCGGUGUGCAUGGACUGAGUGUGAGAUACGACACAACAGUGAACUAAACCUGUAUAUUUGUAUUAUAUUUAUUCAUGUAGUCUUCUCAACCUAUGCAGCACGGUCGCGCUUAAGGCCGAGGAUUGGACGCACAGGGCUAUAACCGCGAAAAUCGAAGUUCGCAAAUUGCGGGCAUUUUUCUCUGUCACACUUAUUACGCCCUCAUUGGAGUAAAAGAGAAAGAUCCCCGCAAUUUGCGAAUGUCGGUUUUCGCGGUAGCCCCCCAGUGCCGGGCCGGGCGCGACUCUAUUAGAAGGAAUACUAUAUUUCGGAAGACAACCGCGCCCGCGCCCGAGCGCGUGCGACCCGUGCCUUGUUUAUCAAAAGCUUGUAACUUGUAAUACAAUUGGAAGUCCCUUUUUGACAUCUAUGGUUAGAAAAGGACUUCCACUUGUAUUACAAGUUGCAAGCUUUUGAUAAACAGGGCACAGUCCGCGGCCUAACUGACUUAAUCGAAAUAAGGCCGAGAAUUCAAACCUUGUCUUUUGAAACAUCAAAGUUGCGAUGAUACUGGUUAGAAAAAAAAGGAGAGCCAAAAUUAUGAUCCAAUCUUCGGAAGCUGGUGUUGCUAUUGCUAACAACCUUCUGAAGUUUGGAGAAUUAAAUAAAAUAAUAUUUGUCUUACACUGAGGCUUUGGUUCCUGGUCCUAUUGGAUCAUUAACCAGAUCAUGCUAGAGGUGCAGUGAUUCAAUGUGAAGUGUAAAAUACCUCGUGUAUUGAUAAUUUUACACUUCACAUUGAUUACAUGAACUACCAGUAAUAAUUAUUCUAUUUAGACAAACUAUAUUACUGAAAAAAAAAUGGCAAAUAUGAUGCAUCUGAAUCUGAUAAUGACUGUUUAAAAAAUAAAAUAACUGUAAUCUGUAUUGGUCAUAUGAAUAUUAGUAAUAAGCAUUAAAUCAUUGUAACUCCUAUAACAAUGUGUACUCAAAUAUGAAUUAAUACAAAUGGAAUAUACAUUUUAGGUAUGUAUCAUAUAUCAUGUAUUCUCUAAUAUGAUGUAUUUCAUAAUUUAAACUUGCAUUGGUAACUAUAGUAAUAGUCACAUAUAAGAUGAUAUAGUUACCAUUAUAUCAACUAUAUAUUAAAUAUCCUGUUUUAGAAUUAAGUAGGUAUAUAUAACUACUUAAUUCUAAAAUAAAUAAUAAAUAUCCUGUUUUAGAAUUAAGUAGGUAUAUAUAACUACUUAAUUCUAAAACAGGAUAUUUAAUUGACCUUACAAAAAUAAUGAUGAUCAAAAUAUUUUGUCCAGUCAAGAUAAAAUAUUCAUGUACACUUAGAUAGAUGACCAUACUACAUAGUCUGGUCGUCUAUCACCAGUAAAAAGGCAGUAGAUUUAAAAUAUGUUGAUCAGCCUUAGAAACGUUUAAUAUUAUUUAACAUUACACAUAUGUAUAGUGAGUGAAAUUAUGAGUAUUAUAUUUCCUAUAGCAACAAUAGACUUAUUACAAAGUAUAUAUGAAUAUACCAAGGUUGCAUCAAUAGGUAUCUCAAGUUGUACAAGUUGAAUGUUGUGUUGUGUAAGCAAUGUGUACAUGUUGAUAAAUGUUUUAUAACCAAAAA